UAUAAAUACGCGGCAUUACGCGCGUUUCUCAAAAGGAGCGAAAUGGCAUUUUUUCCCUGUCAAUUUUGAAGAAAAGCUUCAAACUGUAAGGAUGCAAAAACAAAAUCACCAAGGAGUUUAAAAGGACAAAUAAAAGAAGGAUGUCAGGAGAUAAGUGGCAGGCUAGACUGAAGUCUUUGGAGCAGAGAGCCUCAUCCUUCCAGUCUUCUCCGCUGUCCUGUCUGUAUAAGCCACGUCUGUCCCGGCCAUGGCAACCCUCAUCUGUUUGGAGACUCUUCCCACGCCAGAGUGCAGCCAUUGCCUUCUCUCAGCACAUCAAACAGGAUGUGCAUAUAUUUUCAAUGGAGAAAGAAGGCAGUGAUGCAGGACAGAGAAUUUUCCUAGUGACUAGCUACAGUGAACUUUGGCAUUAUUACAGCACUCACAGGCAGUCUCUGAUGCACUGCUAUGAAGUCAUUCUAGAAGGGGCCGUCUGCAAACUCUACUUUGACUUGGAGUUUCACAAAGCCUCCAACACACACCUGGAAGGCAAGAUCAUGGUGGCAAAACUAAUUCAGUAUGUGUGUGAAAAGCUGAAGGAAGUUUAUGGUGUCCACUGCUCUGCCAAAGAUGUCCUUAAUCUUGACUCCAGCACCUCUGAGAAGUUUAGUCGCCAUCUCAUCUUUAUACUUCCCAGUGCUGCUUUUAAAGACAACUUCCAUGUAGGGCAAUUUAUUCAUGAUAUACUACAUCCAGCUACAAACAGCCUUCAGAAAAGCAACCCAGAGGCACCCACAACAGCAUUCUUUCAGAGAGAGAGCAAAGAUGAUGUGGAUGGUUCUCAGACCAAGAAAAGAAAGUGUGAAGAGGAUGAUCUUAACUUUCUCAUUGUGAAGAGCAGAAAUGGACAGGAACAACUCUUUGUCGACAUGGGUGUCUAUACCAAGAACAGGAACUUCCGCCUUUACAAGUCCUCCAAACUGGGCAAGAACGCUGCCUUCACCGUAGCAGAGGACAACCAGUUUGUCCCAAAGCCCUCCAAGCACACCACAAAAGAAGAAAACAUAUUUCUAGCCUCUUUAAUCACCAACAUCAGUUUCACGGGACAGAAGAUUUUAAUGUACGAAUUGCCACAGAGAGGUACAGCAGGAUCUCCCAGUCUGACCCUGCAGAGAGAGGUGUAUAGCUCUGAACUUUUGGGCGAAGAACAGCUGUCUCCUUUUAAAGAUGUGGAUGAUUUUGUGUUGACGCUUGUUUGCAAGGAUGGUGUUCAAGGAAACAUCCGGCGAUGGAACUACUUUGCGUCUGAGCAGCUGCUUGUUUAUGAUAUUGGGAAAUUCCGCUGGUGCCACAAUGUGAAGCGCUUCCACAAGAGCAACAACAUAAUGAUUGUGGUGGAUCUCAAAGAGGAAGUGUGGUAUCAGAGAUGUCAUGACCCUGACUGCAGAAGACAGAACUACAGAUCCUCCAGUUACCCACUGCCACAGGAUCUCUGCAUGAGUUACAUACUGAUGGAGGAUGAAGAAGAUCAGGCAUAUUUAACAGAUGAACUGGGGAACAUUGAACUAGUACCCAUGACUGCUUCAGCAGUGCUGGUAGAGAAGGAGCGGCCAUCUUCAGCUCCCCAGACAGAGGACCCUGAGGAUUGGGGAGACUGUUCUGAUGACCUUGCUUACGUGGAGGCCAUGCGGGAGGUAGAAAGAGCCACUGAAGAAGAGGAGGACGAGGUCCCUGAUGAGCUUCUGCUCGAAGCAUUGACUGCGUGUGAAGGAUGAAAGUGUAGUCUAAGACUGAAAAGAUGGAGGGAGGAUUCAUUAUAAAGUGCAACUAGUACCAAACUGAGCAACUAGUUUUUUUUUUUUGUCUAAAUAUUCAAAGCUAUUUUAUUUUGAGUAUUUUAGAUUAUAUGGCUUGGGGUAUUACAAGUGAAUGUACCUCAGAAAUGUAUUUAUUUAUUUUUACAGAGACUUAAUCAGCAGCACAGUUGUUGUUUGAAAGGCAAAUUAAUAUUCCAAUGCAUCUUUUUGUGCAAAGUCUGUUUCAUUCAAGCUUGUUCCCAAUUAAUUACAAUUAAUAUAAAUACUCCUCAAUCUCUCUGUGUGUAAAUUUGAACAUUUUAAAUUUAGUGCAAAGAAAUGUUUUGCAAAUGCUUAAAGAUGCACUCCGUAAUUAUUACCUCAUUAAAAAGUUUAAUUACUAAAGAAAUUAAUUGUUGUUUUGAAAUCUAUGUAUAAAAUCAUGACCUCUCACAUCAGACUCCAGUCAUAUCAGUAUUACAGCUGUUUUAUUCUACAUUGAGAGGGUCCCCUCAUGGGGGCAGCCAUGUAAGAAACACAUGACCGACUGAAUACUGCUUGCUUAAAUUUCAGU